CAGUUUUAACCUGAAAGCGGAUGGCAACAGAUAGAUUUCUUAACUGUCAGAAGUUUUUAAAGUAUAAACAAAGCGAACGAAGCGUGAAAUUUUAACCUAAUAAUUUCUGAGAUUUUGUGCUUAUAAACGUGCUGCGUUCUGGGAAUUAUUUCGAAGAUUAAUUAAGACAGUAUGGCUCAUUAGAACUGACUCAUGAAGUUCGCAAAAGUUUUCCUUCUGCAAAUCGCAGCCUGCUUUCUGUGUCCGUGUUCCGUUUAUGGUUAUAAUUAUAACGAGAUUCGUAAAUGGAACGCUUCCUGUUCCCCGAAAGACACGUGUUCUGUGCCCCGAGAUCUUGAUGAUUCUGACCAUCAUAACUGUGACUGUAGCAGCUUGUGUGUCCUUUACGACACUUGCUGCAUAGAUUCUCCUUUCUUGAAUAUCAGCAGCAAGUAUGAGAGAUCUGCUUCCUGUAGAUCUGCAGGUCUGUCGGAGAAAAGUGUAUUUAUGAUUGAUGUCUGUUCCUCUUCUUACAAAGGACCUGUAGCUAUUCGCAGACGCUGUGAGCACAAUGCGAAGAACUGGAGUGAUCCUUUCAACAAUGUUCCAGUAACAAAUCCUUCGUCAUUCAAAACCUACAAGUCUCUCUUCUGUGCUAUCUGCAAUGGAGAAAAUCCUAAGGAACUCACAAUGUGGCAAGUCGUCAUGGAUUGCUCAUCACUCAACGAUUACAUGAAAGUGUGCAAUGAAAACAGAGAUUUUGUCCUCAAUAAUAUGAUGUACAUUCGUGAAAAAGGUUUGUGGGGACUAUGGUCUUGGGAUUCCAAAACUGACUGGAAAUUCAGAUAUCUCCACCUGAGUUAUGAAAUUCCACCCUCUUUGAGAAACGUCGUCAAAGAAUGCCGUCCAAAUCUAAUUUCAGAUUGUGCUCCCAACUGGAGAGAUCAAAAAACAAAGAAAUUGUGCAACCGCUACAUGGGAGCCAUAUACUUCCCAGAGGCUGCUUACCGCAAUGUGCAUUGCGCCGUCUGUAACUACCAGACAAAUAUGGCAAACAUGUCUUGCCAUGAUACAGUUAUUCCGGCAUUCAAAAGUCCGACCAUGUCUUUCGGAAUCCUACUAGAUAUUAACUUUAGAGAUGGAGACAAAGUUGGAACUGUUGAGAAAAAAUGCGAAGAGAAUCAGGUUUAUGAUCCGUUUUCUAAAAAGUGCCGCACGCUUGAAUGCCCAUUGCCUGGAUUCACUUUGAAAAAUGGUAAAUGUGUUCAAGAAUGACCUGUGCAAUGUUUUGUUUAAAGCUGGUGAUCUCAAAAACUCGUAUUGAAGUGUUCAGAAAACUGUUUCGUAUUGAAACUGUGCGUAAAUUUCAAAAGAAAUACCUAAAAUUAUGCAGUAUGCGAAAAUAUUCUUCCUGUGUGUCUGACAUUAACAUAAACUGUAUAGAGACAUUCAUUAGGAAAGUAAAUGGUAGAAUAGAGAUUAUCAUUUUAGAAACACUUCAAAGAUUUGGUAGGUCUCUAAAAACUUUUUGAACCAGCUUCUAAGGUAUUAACUUGUACUAAUGGUUUAUAUAAUUUUCAAAACCUUUUUCUACCAGUGUGAUGAAUAACACCCUUCUGUGAUGUACAUUAGUUUAGUUUUUUUUUUUUUUUUUAAUUAACAAAAAUCUGUGUUUACUAUAUCUGAUACCUUCUUCGGAAAUAAAUUCAAUGUAUUUAUUGUUA